AAGUUCGUGAUUACAUGAUAUAGCGAUUGGUUUAAAAUUUGUUACUAAUUCUUAUAAGUGGAUAUAAUAAAUUAUUGUUGUUAGAAACUAGGUCAGUUUUGUUUACAAAUAAAUGAUGGAGGAGAUGAAUGGAAAAGCGCAUACGGCUCAUAUGAUAGAGAGGGACCCCAAAAUGACCUUUUGGCUGUUUUUCAGCAUCACUGUUUGUGUGUUUGGAAACUCAUUUUUGUAUGGUUACAACAUUGGAGUUGUUAAUUCUCCGGGCCCUCUCUUAAAAGCUUUUUACUUCCAAAUCUACCUCGCUAGAGAUGGUAUUGAAACUGUUUAUAUACCAGAGUCCAAAAGUCUUCACUAUGUAGAGCUACCUGAGUCCAAACGGGCUGCCAUAUCAACAACAGCAGCAACAACAACAACAAAAACACUAUCUGUUGUUGUUAGUAACAGUUCGCAAGGACCAAACUACGCCGCCGGUAGUAAUGCAUCAACAACGCUGGCGCCGACAACAACUGCUCAUCCAAUGUUGGCGAAAUCUAAGAAAGAAAUCGAAGAAGACAAUUUCAUCGAGUUAAUGUGGUCUAUAACGGUCGCUUUGUUUGUAUUCUUUGGUAUGGUUGGUGCAUUCACUUCCGGUAGAGUCGCAGAUUAUUUUGGUCGAAAGAAGGGUAUGAUAAUCAUAACAGUUUUGAUGUUUGUUGCCGCCAUAUUCGGUGCAAUCUCCUCUGUAGCCAAAUCUCCAGAAUGUUUGAUGGUCUCGAGGGUCUUUGUUGGCCUUCAUAAUGGAAUAAGUGUCAGCUUAGCUUCACUCUACCUCGCCGAAAUCUCGCCAAAGAAAAUCAGAGGUGCAGUUGGUACAUGCCAUCAGUUAUUUAUUACAAUAGGGAUCCUGUGGUCCAUGAUUCUUGGUCUUCCUGAUCUCUCUGGUACCUGGGGUGCCUGGCCAGUAUUGUUUGGGUUUAACGCCCUACCAGCCCUUGUCUGUUUGUUAUUGUUCCCGUUAUGCCCGGAAAGCCCAAGAUACAUGUUGAUCAAGAAAAAUGAUGAAGAUGGCGCAAAGAAAGGACUUGUAAAACUACGAGGGUAUUCAGACGUUGAAGAUGAAUUAGAAGAAAUGAGAGUAGAAGCAAGAAAAGCAUCCACAGUUGAAAGUUUCUCACUGAAAAAGCUCUUGACUACACCAGAGCUAAAGCUACCUAUUAUUAUAGCUGUGGUCGUGCAAAUCGCCCAGCAGUGGUCUGGUAUUAAUGCUGCUAUGUCGUACUCCAGUUUCAUAUUCAAACAAGCUGAAGUACCGGAAGAUACUAUCCCAUAUGUGAUUGUAGGACAGGGUGCUAUUAACGUUCUUGCAACAAUUGUUUGUGUACCGUUGAUGGAGAAGUUAGGUCGGCGGCCACUAUUAAUAUUUCCAAUGUGUGGUAUGGUGCUGUCAUUCUUAGUUCUUACAAUCUCUCUCAACCUCCUCCAGUCCGGGAACUUUGAUGACCAGAAGUUUGCCCUUGCCAUGGUGUCUAUUACAGUCAUGAUGACAUAUGUCAUUGGUUUUGCAGUUGGAUUAGGUCCAAUUCCAUUUAUUGUUGUGUCUGAGAUUUUCCGCCAAGAGCCACGUGCAGCUGCCAUGAGUUUCUCCCUGGCAUUCAACUGGAUCUGUAACUUCAUUCUAAUGUUGACCUUCCGGUUCAUACAGAAAGGAAUAGGGGCGUAUACGUACCUUAUAUUUAUUGUCAUCCUAGUGGCGUCUAUCAUUUUUAUCGUCAUCUUUGUCCCAGAGACGAAAAACAAAACGUUUGACGAAGUUGCGCAAUCGAUCGCCUUCGGGAGGGCGAAAAAGGGCAGCGCGUUUGGGCAAGAUGCCGAAGAAAUGCAACCCAUGGGAGAGUCGCAGAAAGUUUAAUGAUAGCUUAUACAUAGGAGAAAAAUAUGUACUUUUCACAUGGUUUAGUAGUAAUAAUAUUUGUAUACAUGUUGGGUUAAGAUCACGUAAAAAUGUUGUUGAAUGUGUGCUUUUUAAAUUUCCUGCAAUUAUUUCAAAAUGGUUGUAUUCUAACAAAUUUAACAUGAUUCUCUGUUUAUUCUGUCGCACGCUAUUUUUAGAUUUGAGUUUUUGUUUUACAGCCAGUCGACACAAAAUCUUUAUUUUUCAUCAUGUAUACACCAUUUUUCAUAAUGAAUACAUCUUCAUUUUCAGAGGCAUGGUAGCCAUCCCCAGCGCUAAUGUUAUCUUAAACCAAUCAUUUACAGUUGUUUUUCCUUGUUGCUUAAAACCUAUCAAAAUAGUGUGCGUUCGAAAGACUAAUCUGCGUCCGUUUCAGUAUACUAGUAUUGGACCCUGUGAUUCCAAAUUGGCCCAUGACAAUAUGUUUAUGAAACAUUAUUUAUUACGAGCAGAAAUCAUGUUUAUAUGUGUAAAGCUUCCGUUCAAUGGAUCAGUGUGUAUUUGUUUAUUAUGUGGAUUUAUAUUGUAUCAAACUUUAAGAAAUAUUAGUGAAUAUGAAAUUAAGUUGAAAUACACCGAUACUUUAAUGAGAUCAAAGUAUUUCUUUACUUUUUUCGAAAUGUACGAAAAUCUGAAUAUCAGAUCUCAGCCAACAAAGUCAGUGAAUAAGUCGUCAUCUCGAGCGUCAGAUUUUGUAUUUGAAAAUACAGUAUAUACGAGUUUUCGAUAUUCAUUUUAUGAGGAAAAAGACGUUAUGACAAGCUUUUGACUUCCUAUUUCGGGGUGACAACUCUUACUUAUGAGUUUCUAAAACUCAUCUGUACGAGAAUCGAUUUCGGAGUCACAAGUUUAAAACUUGUAAUAACAUUUUCUUUUCUCAUACAAAUGAGUUUUUAAAACUUGUGAAGGCGACCCUAAAAUACAAUUUCUGGCCGCAAAUUGACGACCUACGUGUGUUACAUAAUGUUAAGAGCUACCACAAACUAGUUUAUUUGUAACUGGAAUGUCCAACUGUUUAUCAGUUGAGACUUUUAAUAUUUAGACCCCGUAGAUGGGAAUAUUAUUACAUGUGUUGUUUUUCUUGUAAAUAUUAGCUAGUUGUAGUCCAGUGUUAUUGUAGAUUCGUUUGGCAGCUAAGAUAUUUAUUUAAACGUAAUGAACUCGUUUUGACAGUCCGCAAUUUCCGUGCAAUUUACAUGUUUUAGAUUAGUAUUUCGGCAUUUUUCGUUCGUUGAUUUGGAUCAACUAAAAAAAUGGGUUUCUGUGGCAGCCGGACUUUGCCGAAACCGCACGAGGAGAGUACGUAAUUAAGCGGAAAUUGCCGAUUGCCAAGACGGGUCUGCUUCGUUUUAGUGUCGAUACACAACACUAGUAAUAACAGUGCAAAUAAUUUAGCCGUACCUUAUUUAAUUUAUAAACCCAUUCUAUUGUUAGACACAGAUCAUGCUAUACAAAAUUUGUGUAGUAAAAUAUCUUGAUCUAUAACAUUCCUCCGUCUUUAUCCAAAAUGCCUUCUUCAGCGAAGAGAUUUUCACUUGUUCUGUCAAAAACACAUCCAUUACUAUUUUAUACGAAACCAGCGAACUUAAAGAACUUUCAUCUGACGAAUUUUUCUAAACAUAUCUAAAGGUUGUUUAAGGGUUUUGAUUAGUUUCAAUAAUUUAAAAUAUUGUUCUCAAAUAUCCAACAAAAUAUUAUUUCCUGUUAGAGUUUUAUAUAUGUUUUUUUUUUGUAUAAAAUUGUGUGGGACCUUAAUGUUUGUUAUAGAAGUCCAAUAAUAACCAAAUUCUCAUCAUAAGAAUCUCGACAUUUAUUUUACUAAGAAUCUCGUGAUUCCCGUGCUUAUUCUCCAGCUCGUGAUUCCCGUGCUUAUUCCCCAGCUCGUGAUUCUCGUGCUUAUUCCCCAGCUGAUGUGCUACUGUCAUUGUUCAUUCAUGUUCUGUGUAUUGACCUGGUAUUCCAGUCUACAAAAAAAUGCAAACUGAUGAACAAGGUGUUAGAUUUACUUAAAUAUUACAUUAUUUUAUGGGGUUUGUAUAUAAAUCAUUAAAUGAGCGUGUUUUAGAGCAUAUGAUUUGUCCACAUUAGACUCAUUAUAAAUAACAUCUGUACUCUUACGUUUAUAUGCGGUGUGUUAAAUGUGCUUUUAGUAUAUAUUUUUUAUUUCUCUCAGCGUGUGCUUUAACAUAUAUUCUUAGUUUAUAUUUUUAUUUCUCUAGUGUGUGCUCUAUCAUAUAUUCAACCUUUGUAUAUUAACGGAAUGCCAGCUUUAUUUCAGUAUUUUGUUUAAUACAAAGGUUUUCUUAUUUUAUCAUUCAAGUGCUUAUCAGUUUUUACCCUUUUAUGUUAAGUUUACGUCUAUUUUAAGACUUGUAUAAAUUUAUAAUAAUAUGGAAUUUAAACUGUUUAGUAAUUUAUGCUAACAUUUGAAUUGAUUUUUUUCUAUCAAACUUGCAUUAAUGAAGAUGUCACAGUGCAAUUCUACAUGUUUUAACACAGACGUUUUGCACUGGAUAUUUCCCCCCACACCACCACGAUCCCAACCCCGGUGGGUCUAUUUAUUUUGUCUGCUAUUUCAAGGUUUUAAGGGAUUUUUACAGGAUUUUUUUGUUUUGUUCUACUAAUUUUACAUUAUAUUUUUACCUUAAGUUUGAACAUUCAUUGAUGCUUGUUUUGAAUAUAGACUCAUUCAAUACUUAUUUUUUUACAUGACAUAAGAAAUAUAUUUCAAAGUUUUUUUUCUCAAGUUUUGACUUAAACCCAGCAAGCCGGUGUUGAACUAACUAUUAAACGGCGAUUUAUAUGAGGAGUCAUGUAAUAGAAAACAUACUAUUGUUGCUGUAUCUACUUUUCACAGUUGAAUAGCGCUAAAGGGACAUAGGAUACAUGAUGUUUUUGUCAGAUUCUUAAUUUAUUGUUUGGAGCCUUCAUGGUCGGGUGGUAUAGAUUCCUUACUUCAGAUAAUCCACUCACGCUUGACAAAAUGCCAGGAGAGGUACCUGGGGUCUGCCUCCACCAUCAGACCUUACUAAGUUGAAAGAUGUCUUUAUCUUUUAACACAUCAGUUUAAAGAAAACGGCUGUUUGUAUAUAUUUUUCUCCGUGUGUAUUGUUCUACGUAUGUGAAGGUCAAAUUAAUGUGUAAAAUGUUGUUGUUUAUUUGCAUUUAAAUAGAUUAGCUAGUCAGUAGCUUCUGAUACCUCAAGUACAUCAUUGUUAGAUUUAUAUGUAAAACAAUGCCACAAAACAUAGUAAUUGUUGUUAUUUAUUUUCAAGGAAUUUGAGAAGAAAUCUUUCUGUUUGAUUUUAGAGGUGAAGUAGACAUGAUUGUUGGAAGAUUUAUUUUCAUGUGAUCAAAGCAGUGCUUGAAGACAACUCGCAUGUUUACAGAGCAUUGGAGAAAGUCCCUGUAUUAUUGAUAGGUGUCUUCCAUGUUGAUUUUUAUUGUUCUAAUAAAAAUUCAAAAAUAAUAGCCUUGCCAAGUUUGAACAAAAUUUUAAUUAACGAAUCUCACUACUUUUGUCUGAGCGAAAGACAGAAAUGCCACUUUUUGUAUGAUAUGACAGAAUCUCUCGUACUUUAUACUGAUAAUGAUUAAUAACCCCAUUAAUGCAAAAAGGUACGAAGUGCUGAUUGUUAAAGAAGGUUUAUGUUACCGUUUUGCAUUAAUAGGGCAGUUAUGGACCUUGUGUAGAAUUUUUAAUUUUUCAGUUGUUAUUGUUUAAACUUAUAAUGUUUUUGCAUAGGUUUCACUGAUUUUUAUCACAUGAUUAAAUGAUUUGUAGAACUUAGUUUGUUUUUAAAUUGUGUUUCAAUAACAUAUUUAUGUCUUGUGAAAUAAUUGUUGUGAAUUUUGGAUUAAUAUGAAUAAAUCUAGAAUCUCAUCGAUACAUGUCUAAGGGUGCUGGAAUCUCAUUGAUUGAUUUUAAACAAAAUGAACUUUUGUUAAAUUUGAAGCAUGUCCUAUUAAUCAAACCCAGUGGAUAUUAUUUGAAUCAGGCCAUUGUAAGAAGGGCCUCAAUAUUAUUUAGUGUAAUCAAUGUUUUGUAGAAAUGUCGACUGAAAACAAUGCUCCGACGUCUCAAAGCAAGAACAAAUAUUGAAUGAUAAUCAUAGUUAUGUGUCAUACCAAAUCAUGAUACUCCUUUCAUGAUGUAAUCUUAUUAUUUUAUACUGAAAAAAAGCACUGUGUGUAAUUCGUAGUUGUGCUCAGAUUAAACUAAGCAGUGCGAUAGUUAUCCCAGUAGUAUUUAGUAUAGGCAAUAUAUUAUUGCAGAAUUGUUAACGGUUUAACUGAAAAGCUUUGUUGAAAGAAUCUCGAUACUAAUCUUAAUGCUCUUAAUUUUAAACUAGGAAGAUUGGUGUUUAUCUUAAUUUAUGCUUUUCAAAAGCAUUGCGGGAUGAUACAUUGUAUCUAUCUAAAUGCUCGUAACUUAAGUCUGAAAUAAUGUUGAAAAAAUCUCAGUAUUUAUCUCGUUGCUCCGAAUUUUACACGAAAACAUUGUUGGAAGAAUCUCUGUAAAUUACUUCAUGCUCCUAAUUUCUAUUACCUUAAUGCUCUUUAUUUUAAACUAAACCAUUGGUUUAUUACCUUAAUGUUCUAUAGCAUUGUUGAAUGAAUCUCGGUUUGUACCUUAAUGCUCCUAAUUUUAAACUAAAGCAUUGCUGAUUACCUUAAUGCCCCUAAUUUUAAACUAAAGCAUUGUUGAUUACCUUAAUGCCCCUAAUUUUAAACUAAAGCAUUGUUGAUUACCUUAAUGCCCCUUAUUUUAAACUAAAGCAUUGUUGAUUACCUUAAUGCCCCUAAUUCUAAACUAAAGCAUUGUUGAUUACCUUAAUGCCCCUAAUUCUAAGCUAAAGCAUUGUUGAUUACCUUAAUGCCCCUAAUUCUAAACUAAAGCAUUGUUGAUUACCUUAAUGCCCCUAAUUUUAAACUAAAGCAUUGUUGAUUACCUUAAUGUUCUGUAGCAUUGUUGAACGAAUUUCGGCAUUUACCUUAAUGCUCCUAAUUAUGUCUCCCACACCACUCAAUGUGUCUGUGUGUCCGUCCGUCUGUCAUAAAUCGUGUCCGCGCUCUAGGUCGAACAUUUCUCAUCCGUUCUUCACCAAACUUUAACAAAAUAUGUUUGCCAAUAUGUCCUCGGCCAAGUUCGAUAACUAGCCAAAUCGGCACUGGCACUUCGGAAUUAUGGCCCUUGAAUUACCGAAAAUCGCUCAGGUCUUGGUGCAUAAAUGACUCAUAUACUACUAUCCAGGUGAUUAGGCAGUUGUGGGAGACAUGCGUUUUUCUCAAAAGCAGCUCUAGGUUUAAACUAAAUCAUUGGUUGAUUACCUUAACGAAUGCUUUAUAGCAUUGUUGAAUGAAUCUUGGCUUUUACCUUAAUGCUCCUGUUUUAAACUAAAUCAUUGCUUGAUUAAACACUGGAUUCAUCUUAUUUCAGCUAAUUUUUUAAACUUUCCAUGACAGAUGUGUACGAUCUUUAUAUAUACUUUAAUAUAUCUACAAGACAAUUUUAUUAGAAAUCUUGCUCUACGAAUUUUUACAAUUAUAUAGAAUACUAAUAAGCGUUCCAUGAUAUUUUUUCAGUGUUUCUGUAUUUACUAUCUUCUUUCACAUAAUUUAUCCAGGAAACAUCUGUCAGUGUAAAUUCGUACCACAGUUAAUGAUAAUACGUAGCUGAUGUGGUACACGAGGGUACCUUAUUUGGUUGGUAAGGGAUUUGAAAUAUAACCGAAUGUCUACAAUAUUCUGUCUGAUAUGUAACAUGCUCGCUUAAUGAAGACUUGGGUAAGAGGAAAGCGUAUCUAUUCGUUAUCGACAACAUAGCGUAAACUUCUACCAUUCAUGUGAACAAUUGCAGAGCGGGUGCGGUUUUGAAAUACUCGAUAUUGCUUUGCCUCUUUACUGUGGAAUAGGGGUGGUGUAUACAUUUGAUCUACAACACCAUUCUGUUACGCAGCUUUUAUUCAAUAGCAGGGUUGAUCUGUAUAUUUAGGGAACGGGUUCUCUAGUUUGCCUAUUUCUUGUGUAAAGCUCAUGACAUAUUUGUAGACAGUACAAAAUGAAUUUCAAACAUUUUAUUUAAUAUCACAUUAUUCACAUGUUAGCCUUGCUUUAUUCCACAGUGAUUUUCAUCUAGCAAAAUUACAAAACUCAAACAAGUUGGAAUUAAUCAUCAUCUAUGGGAAUGAACUCGUGAUUUAAGUACAGUAAAAGCCUGUAUAUAAAGACCAUCCUCGGGAGAGCGAGCCAAAAUGUGGUUUUUAUUGGGAGGUGAUCUUUAUUCACAGGUUAAAAUACACUUUGAAUGUUAAAAUAGGAUACUAAACAUGUGGUCUUUAAAGCCAGUUGGUCUCUGUUCAGAAGUGUUCUUUAACACAGGUUUGACUGUAUACAUGAAAGACCUUUUUGUUAAAGUGUUGUUAUCUGUUUAUUAUAGUGGAAGACUUUGUUAAGCAUAUCUGUGUACCACAAACCUAAAAUGAUUGAUAAAAAUAAAAAUAUUUAUGUUUUUACAUUUUGGCAGGAAGGUUUUGUCCUUUAAUUUGUUUUGUCAAAAUGGGCAUUUCUGUAUGUGAUACUUUAAUUUUAUAGCUGACCAUGACCUAUGUAUUCGCGAAAUAUGAAAUUUAAAGCAUAGCCUGUUUUCUAAUAAUCUAUUGAUUUAAAUUCUAUUUGUACAUUUGAAAUUAAUAAUUGCAUCUAAUAUUAAUAUUUUUACACGUUUUAGAACGAAUUUUUUAAAAACGGUUGUUUUAAUGUUACAAAUUAUUUGUAUACCAUUUCCAUUUACGCUCAUUCUAUCGCUGUUUUUUGUUGCUUUAUUUAGCUCUUAGUAUAAUAUUUAGUUGUCGUUUUUAUAAGUAUUGUAUAUCGUUAUGGUUAUUUGUUAUUCAGUUGUUAUAGCGCAGAUUUUGUCUUUCAUUUGACGAUAAAUUAUGACAAUUACGACAAUGUUUUAAAAAUAAUAUAAAGUAAAACCUUUUGGAAGAUAGUACACAAAUAAGCAAAAUAAUUUCAGACCAGUUUUUUGAUUGAUUCUGUUCAUGAGAAGAAACGAAUACCGCUCACGCCCUCUCUAUUGCUUGCUUAAAAAGGGGAAAAAAUCUUGAGCUGUUCGUUCGAAAUUCGUUGUAAAUUCUGAACUAUUCAUUCGAAAUGCUUAAAGGCACUGAUCUUCAGAUUUUGGCUGAAAAAUUAUCUUUCUUUAAAAUUGAAGUUAUGGAUAUUAGAACUUGAGUUUUGUUCAUAACUAUCUUUAAAAUGCCAAAUCAUAGAAACAAACUGGCCUCCUCGGCAGUUCCCGCAUUCUAAACCAGUACACCACGGAGGAAGACACGUACGUACCUAAUAAACGUUAAAUAUUAAGAUUUAUAACUGUCAGUAACUAAGUUUCAAAGCCUUCUUAGGAAAUACAGCAAUAAUUUCAUCCUGCUGUCUCUGUUGUCGGACGAUCUAGAAGUCAGUGCCUUUAAGUAUUCGUUCGAAAUUUUUUAAGUUUUUGUUCGAAAUGCUUACGUAUUUGUUCGCAAUGAGAGUAGAAUAAAAUUUUCAGUUGAUAAGACGCAUUGUAAGGCAUAUGUAGUCAUAAUAAUUGCAGUUAAUACUACUUAAGAUGUUACGAAGUGAUAGAGUGAACUGUUGGUGGGUAGUACUUGGGUUCUUUACAAAGUUUACUUAAGGAAUGCUGUUAAUAUACAAAAUUUAUUGGACAUAUUAAUUGCCUAAACAAAUGGUUCCAUUGUUGUUGAAGUUUAAAACACUCAUCAGUUUCGUGACAGGCUUUUGUAUAGUAUUUCUGUUUACUUCCAUAAAUUAGAUAUGGCUGGCCCUUUCAGUAGGAGUGACAGUAUCUCUUUGAUCUCUAAGUGUCUUUUUUAAAUAUUCAAAUUUAACUUUUUGCCUUCUUUCAGCGAAAUUACUUGUGUUUCCACACAAUUGAAGUUUUUAGUGUAACUGAAACGUGUCAUCUUGAUCAAACUUAAAUGGCUAAGAAUGCCUUCAAUUCAGGUUUUCCAGUUAAAGCUUUUGGUCAUUGUUUUUGAAGAAAUUUAAAAGAAAUGUGUAUUAAAAGCCCUGCACGACGGAUGUGAGUAUAAAUAUUGCGAUGUUUUGUGAUUGAAAUGUUUGUUGCUUUUCAUUUAGUGAACUUCGACCCAAUUAUUUGUUCUUUAGACAUAGAGUAGCAUACAUGAUUUAGUGUGGUGUAUUAUACUAGAUAUGUUUUACCUGUUUGAUCCACACAAUCCUUAACAGGACCCAGAUAUACAUUAAUCUAGAGGUCACUGGGACGGUAGGUAGGUAUGUUAAUCUUUUAACAUAUCUUGAGUAAUAUCUAUUUUAUGACCAAAAUUUGUUUUUCCAUUCUAAAACACCAGGUAAAGUUUAAAAAAAGACAAAUUCAAAAAUAGAAAUAAAACAUUUUGAUAAGUAAUUUAACUAAAAGUUUGCACGCGAAUUUUGAUAUACGGCUAACGAAGAUAUACUGAAAAGUUUAUAAUAAGCCACUCACAUUUAAGGUCAGAAUGGAUUUUUUUUAAUUUGUUGUGUCAAAUAUGGCUGGAAAGUUACGAUGGAAAAAACUUCCUCUAAAUCGUUGUUUUGACUAAGCUUUUUUGCAAAUUUUAAAAAGUCCUAGUUUUGUAGAAUGGUGUGUAAUAUCUGUGGUAUUGUCUUACAUUUAAAAAGAAAUCGUACGAAAAAGGUGGACCGAGCAGUAUAGUUUGUUUGUGGUAGUGUUAACGUUGCGUGUUAUGAAUAAUAUUGCGUUACUUUCCAGAAAUAUGUUUUUGAAUUUGCAAUGCUUGUAUUAUUGUGGUAAAUAAAUAUUAAUAGAUGGUAUAA